GUGCUGCGGAGCCUGCGGCUGCCUGGUGAAAUAAACCGAGUGAACCUUAAAUUUGCCGCGAAACUUUUCAGUGUUUUAGUUCAGUCUGCUGUUUCAUAAAGUGAUUGCAACGAUUCAUUCCACUCCACCUUCUCACUGGCUUAAAGUCCGAGCCGGCUGACUGAGCAAGGGCCGAGAAACUGAGGAAGUACGAAUGGAAAUGGACGAUAAUGAACAACAGACCUCUUGCUGUGAUACAAGAUGGUCACAGCAACUGUCAGGCCUUCCUCACAAGCUCCUGCAGCGCCUGAUGCCUUUCCAAAGGGAGGGAGUGGAGUUUGCUUUAUCUAGGAAUGGACGAUGUAUGAUCGCUGAUGAGAUGGGUCUUGGGAAGACGGUGCAGGCCAUCGCGGUGGCGUACGCUUUCAGGCAGGAGUGGCCCCUCCUGGUGGUGGUGCCCUCGUCACUGAAAUAUCCCUGGAUCGAAGAGCUGGAGAGGUGGAUCCCCGAGCUGCAGCCCGGAGACAUCAACCUGGUGGAGAACAAGAGCCACACCAUGGGUAUCAGCAGCAGUAAGGUGACAGUGCUGGGUUACGGUCUGCUCACCACAGAUGCCCGCCCCCUGGUCGAGGCCCUGAGCAGGCAGCGAUUCGCCGUGGUCGUGGUGGACGAGUCCCAUUACCUCAAAUCCAGGAACGCAGCGCGGACUAAGAUUCUGGCGCCUCUCAUUCAGAGCGCCAAGCGGGCCAUCCUGCUCACCGGUACCCCGGCCCUGGGUCGGCCUGAAGAGCUUUUCAUGCAAAUUGAGGCCCUCUACCCCAAGAAGCUCGGAACCUGGACUGACUACGCCAAAAAAUACUGCAACGCCCAUUACAGGUACUUCGGGUCUCGCAGGCAGUGGGACUGUCGCGGGGCUUCCAACCUGGAGGAGCUGCACCAGCGGCUGAGUCAAAUCAUGAUCCGUCGGCUCAAGGCUGAGGUGCUCACCCAGCUGCCCCCCAAAAUCCGCCAGCGUAUCCCCUUCGACCUACCUAAGGAGGCCGCAAAGGAGGCCUCAGCCAGCUUCGCAGAGUGGGAGAGACUGAUGAAGGAAAUGGGGUCGGGGGUCAGCGCCACAGACAACCCCUUCACUCAGGUCAUGGGCCUGGUCACACAAAUGUACAAGCAAACGGCUAUUGCCAAGGCGGGAGCUGUGAAGGACUACAUAAAGAUGAUGCUGGAGGCAGAGCAGCUGAAGUUCCUAGUGUUCGCCCACCACCUCACCAUGCUGCAGGCCUGCACCGAGGCCGCCAUCGAGGCCAAGGCUGCUUAUAUCCGUAUCGACGGCAGCGUCCCAUCCUCAGAACGAAUCCAGUUGGUCCACAAGUUCCAGAGUGACCCAGAGACACGGGUGGCCAUCCUCAGCAUCCAGGCAGCCGGUCAGGGUUUAACCUUCACCGCAGCCAGCCACGUGGUGUUUGCCGAGCUCUACUGGAACCCUGGCCACAUGAAGCAGGCUGAAGAUCGAGCCCACCGUAUUGGACAAACGUCCUCCGUCAACGUGCACUACCUCAUUGCCAAGGGCACUUUUGACACCGUUAUGUGGUCCAUGCUCAAUAAGAAGGAAACGGUGACUGGCAGCACUUUAAAUGGCAGAAAGGAAUACCUGAAGGCGGACGAGGGCGACAAGGACAAGUGGGAGUUCCUCAACUUUGCCGAUGCGUGGACGCCGAGCGAGAUGGUGCUGCCGCUGGAGGGAAACACAGGAAAUGCCAAAGAUGACGUGUUUUUCACUCAUUUUGAGAAAGAGAAGCAGCACGACAUUCGUUCCUUCCUCUCCCCGAGCGCCAGCAGGGAGAAGAAGAGGAAGAGAACAGAGGAUGAAGAAACAUGUCCCUCCGUCUCCUCAGAGAAGGCUGCCCAGCCAACUGGCAGUGGAACAAACUCUGAAAAAAGAGAGAAGUCUUCCGCACCCGACCAGGACUUCUCUCCCCAGCUGAAGAGGCUCCGGACGCCACAGCCCAGCCCAAGCCCCAGGUCCCGAUACGGUGGGAAGCGGCGGUCGACAGCUGCUGUGAUCGGCUCCGGCAGCCCCAGCGCCCUGGUCUCCUCCAUGGCCCCGCGGAAGCUGUCGGAGCCUGACCCUUCCACUGAGAAGUGGAGCUGUGGGGCCUGCACCUACUCCAACAGCAGCAUGUUGCCUUACUGUGAGAUGUGCGAGUUUCCGCGCUCUUUUUCUGGUGUCCAGUCAGAGCCACCCAGGCAUCAGCUGCCCCCCUCCACCGACAGGGACCAGGCAUGCGUUGUCCUCUCCAGCUCCGACAGCGAGCCAGAGCUCAGCCGGCGAAAAGACCAGACUCCAGAAUCGCUCAAAGACAAACAGAGCGAGGAGGAGGAGGAGGAUGAGCCUCCGAAAGACAAACAGAAACCAGGAGAAGCAGAGGAGGAGGACAAGUUGCAGCUCAAAGGCAAACAAUCAGCGGGAGAGCGAUGCGACAACGUCGCUGGCGGCUGCCUCCCCCCCGACCACACACAGGACGGAAGAGCUGCAGCGUGUCUGUCUUCUGCUGCGGAUGCUAAUGACGAGGAUGAGGGCAAUGAUGGAGAUGAUGCCAGCGCCGCCCAUCCCGUCUACCCAGGCCUGCAGUUCUGCGCCAGCCAGUACACGGACAGAAUAUAUCUUUACUCCAAGGACGGGACUCCGUUGAACUUGAGCUUCGUCCCUCUAGACAUCAAACUAACCAACUGGGACGACCUGCCCGAGGCCUUCAGCCGGCGCCGGGAAAAUCAAAUACAGGUGCUGAGGUUCGUUCAGGAGUGGAGCAGCCUGGCAGCCAUGAAGCAGAAACUGCUUCGACGCAGCGGCCUCCUCUGCCACAGCCCCACUUUAGGCUUGCAGCAGCUGGCUGCCGCCCAGCGCCCUCACUCCAGCACAAAGAGGUACAUCAGUAAAGACGAGGUGGCCCAGGCCUCCCUGAGCAAGGCCCAGCGGGAGGGAGGCAGCGUCCGACUAGUCACCAAUGAAAACUUCUUCACAAAGAGGAGGUCUGCUGCUUCACUAACACCACCCGCUUCUGAGAGCAUGGACAAGAAGUCCUGUAAGACAGUGGCGGAGCAGCCCUCAUCAGAGUCCGGCUACCUGCAGGCAGUGGACAGUGAGGGUGUCCCUUUGUGUCUGUCCUGCCAUCAAUCCUGCUCUACCACCGGCGGGGCCUGGGACACUCGAUUUUGCAGCCACAGGUGCCAGGAGGAGUUCCAGUUGCGCUCCAGCCAGACGUACAUGCGCUCGCGGGUGCUGGAGGCAGAGCAGGGCAUCUGUCAGCACUGCAGCCUCCAUGCCCACGACCUGUUCCUGAAGGUCCGUGAUGCCCCGCCCUCCCAGCGCAAGGAUAUGCUGGAGAGCACUUGGCUCGCGCAGCUGUCACUCAAACAGCUGAAUGAGAUGAUCCGCGCUCCGGUCGAAGGGGAUUUCUGGCAGGUCGACCACAUCCGGCCGGUCUACAGCGGAGGAGGACAGUGCUCUCUGGACAACCUGCAGACGCUCUGCACCGUUUGCCACAAAGCCAGGACGGCUCAGCAAGCCAAAGAACGGAGCCAGAUGAGAAAGAGUGUUGCUGCCUCCAAGGUUGCAUCAGACAUCAGCAGGUUCUUCAUCCGGAAAUGAAAUGAAGGUUUAGUAAGGGUUGUAUAGGUGUAACAUUUCUUGAAUCACAUUGUUGAAUCCUCACUGGCAUCAAGAUGCAUCAUGAUUUUUCAGUGACAACACUCACAUUUAAGUAUUAGAAAUGCGAUUCCCUCCGAGAGAUUAGGAUUAAAGGCCGGGUUUCCUUUGA